AUGAGUUUCCAUCCAAAUAAUUAUAUAAAUGGAUUAAAUUUAGAAUUCGAUCCUAUUUCAUUUUCAAAUAAUAAUGAUAAUGAAUUUUCUUCAAUAAAUGAUGGAUUAUAUUAUAAUGAUUCAGAUUUAGUUAAACAAGAAGAAAUUCAACAACAUCUUGAUUUAUUUAGUGAAGCAGCAAUAAAUGAUUUUUAUUCAUUAGAUGUAUUAAAUGAUAAUGUUGUAAUACCUAAUAAACCACAAAUACAUAUUAAACAAGAAGAUAAUCAUCAAAAUUCAUUAAUUCAAUCACAAGCUAUAUUACAAAGUUAUCAUAAUUCAUUAAAUUCUCAACAACAACAACAAUUACCAACUACUACUACUACUUAUAAUAACAAUUCAAAUAUUAAAUCUACAUCAUCAACACCUUUUUCAAUAGCGACAUCAAGUUCUACAUCCCCAAUAUAUCAAUCACAAAGUAAUAAUAAUAAUGUAUUAACAUCUACAACUUCACAAACAUCAACAACAAAUAAUUCAAUAUCUUCAGCGACUCAAGCAGCAAAUGAUGACAAGAAAAAAAGAAAUACAGCAGCAUCAGCAAGAUUUAGAAUUAAGAAAAAGCAAAAAGAAUUAGAAAUGGAAAAAAAAUCAAAAGAAUUAGAAGAAAAAGUUGAAAUUUUAGAAAAAAAAUUAAAAACUAUUGAAAUGGAAAAUAAAUGUUUAAAAAAUAUUAUAUUUCAACAAAAUGAACAAAAAAAUAAUGAUUUAUUAGAAACUAUAAAACAAAGAUCAAUUAUAAAUAAAAAUUCUACAAAUUUUGAAUUUACCAUAUAG